UGAACUAAUUUAUCUGAGGGAGGAGAAGGUAACAGGCUGCCCGCAGUCCCGGCAGCCUAUAAAAGAGCUGCAUGAGCAGCCUGAAGUCUCCGUAGCUGACAGCGUUUCACCUGAACUGCACCUCUUCUCCAACAAAGACGCUCUGCUCACUGAAGCCGCUGCAACAUGGCUCUGAACACACUGCUGGCCACCUUCCUGUGCACCAUCGUGCUUCCCAUCCUGCUGUUUCUGGUGGCGCUCAAGCUGUGGGAGGUUUACAUGAUCCGAGGCAGAGAUCCGAGCUGCUCCAGCCCGCUGCCCCCCGGAUCCAUGGGCUUACCUUUCAUUGGAGAGACGCUGCAGCUCAUCCUGCAGAGGAGAAAGUUUCUGCGGAUGAAGCGCCAGAAGUACGGCUACAUCUACCGCACGCACCUCUUCGGGAACCCCACCGUGCGCGUCACCGGCGCGGAUAACGUCAGGCAGAUUCUGCUGGGGGAGCACAGGCUCGUGGCCGUGCAGUGGCCCGCUUCUGUGCGCACCAUCCUGGGCUCGGAUACACUGUCUAACGUGCACGGAGCCCAACACAAGAGCAAGAAAAAGGCCAUCAUGCGGGCUUUCUCCACAGAGGCUCUGGAGCUCUACAUCCCUGUCAUCCAGGAGGAGGUGCGGGCUGCAGUGAAGGAGUGGGUGGCCAAGGACUCCUGCGUGCUGGUCUACCCAGAAAUGAAGCGGCUGAUGUUCCGCAUCGCCAUGAGGAUCCUCCUGGGUUUCGAGCCGGAGCAGAUCAAGACGGACGAGCAGCAGCUGGUGGAAGCUUUUGAGGAAAUGAUCAAGAAUCUGUUCUCUCUGCCCAUCGAUGUGCCUUUCAGUGGACUGUACAGGGGUCUGAAGGCGAGGAACUUUAUCCACUCCAAGAUAGAAGAGAACAUCAAGAAGAAGGUGCAGGAGUCAGACAAGGAGUCCAAACACAGAGACGCUCUGCAGCAGCUCAUAGACAGCAGCAGGAAGAACGGGGAACCGUUCAGCAUGCAGGCCAUUAAGGAGUCUGCUACCGAGCUGCUGUUUGGGGGCCAUGAAACCACAGCCAGCACAGCCACCUCUCUGGUCAUGUUCCUGGGCCUGAACCCUGAAGUUGUGGAUAAAAUGAGACAGGAACUGAUGGAAAAGGAGGAGCAGGGGAUGGACCUCCACAGUCUCAACAUUGAGUCCUUGGAGCAGCUGAAAUACGCCGGCUGUGUCAUUAAAGAGACUCUGAGAAUCAACCCUCCUGUUCCUGGAGGCUUCAGAGUGGCCCUCAAGACCUUUGAACUCAACGGUUACCAAAUCCCCAAAGGCUGGAACGUCAUCUACAGCAUCUGUGACACCCACGAUGUGGCGGAGAUCUUCCCCAACAAGGAAGACUUCCAGCCGGAGCGCUUCAUGUCCAAACCUUUAGCCGACUCCUCCCGGUUCCAGUACAUCCCGUUCGGAGGGGGUUCCAGGAUGUGCGUGGGGAAGGAGUUCGCUAAGGUCCUGCUGAAGAUCUUUCUGGUGGAAGUGGUCACAAAGUGUCACUGGACUCUUUUAAAUGGUCUACCCACCAUGAAAACUGGACCUACUGUCUAUCCUGUGGACAAUCUGCCAACCAAGUUUACCAGCUAUGUACAAAAUUAAGCUGAAACGGCAGUGUAGAGUUAAAUAUGAGGUUUACCCGAAAAGUCUCAAAUCAUGUUUUACCUCCAGAUCCACAGGGGAAAAGCUACUUGGGGAAUCAAACCAAUCAAAAGCCACUUUUACACAUGAACAAAAUCUGUUUUAAUUCUGAUGUUUUGACUUGUGUCUAUGUGGAUUUUUUCCAAUUGUACAUAUUGUAGAUGACUUAAAAACGUAUUUUACAUUUUAUAUUCUGAUGUUAAUACAUUGGUUUGUAUAUACAGUAUAUAUACUAUAUGUUUUGUUUGAACAAACUAAACGAGAGGCACUAUACACAGACAUGGAACACUUUAAUCAGCUCAGAGGUGUAUCUAUAGGAUAUGUACAUAUGUAAUGUAGAGUCUGUUUAUAUAACUUUUGUAUCUUACCCCAACCUAUUUAAGUGACUUAUGUUAUAUUGUAUGGGCUUUUUAUUUAAUAAAACUGUUAUAUGAGAA